AUGACACCUCAACCGUCUCAGAAAAGCAACAACGCACCUACUCUUCCUAUGACUAUUAAGAAGCGACGCAAGUCUUCAUUCAACUCAUCCGAUUCACCUUAUGCUCGUCGCAGGUCAUUUCUUUCUAAAUCGAUGCUAGAAAAUGACAACUUUCAGACUUAUGAGCUAUCUUACUAUGCUACACUGUCACCGGCAUCCUCUUCACCUUCUGGCUCGCUGCGUAUGGCAAGGAUUCCUUCAUUUUCUAUUAAUUUGACAGAAUCCCAGGGAUUUAUAUGGAACCAGGAUUUGUUUGCAAGCUCGUACCAGCAGGCUCGGGCAGGAUUAAAUCCAAACUCAUUUCAAGGAGAUUCGCAACCGGUCGAAGUCAUUGACAUUGUCGUGGACUCGUCCGAUGAGAUGGAUGAUGAAGCAUGUGCGAAAACUAAUUUGAGGGGGGAAAAUACGACCCCUGCGUCAGCCAAUUACAGAAAAUCCUGUCAGAGAGAAGUCAGCAUGAAUGAUGACAUAUUUGAUAAUGGUGCAGAGCUGAUGUAUGAUGACGACUACUAG